CGGAAGCGGAAGCGGAGCCGGGGCCUAGGGCGGCCCGGAAGCGGCCGGAGCCCGAGCGGGAGCCGGGUCAGGACCGAGGCCGGGAUCGGAUCGGGAACGGAGUCACGAUGAGCGAGCCCGAGCUGCUGCUGGAUUCCAACAUCCGUCUGUGGGUGGUGCUGCCCAUCGUCUUCAUCACCUUCUUCGUGGGCAUGAUCCGCCACUAUGUCUCCAUCCUGCUGCAGAGCGACAAGCGCCUCACGCAGGAGCAGGUGUCGGACAGCCAAGUCCUGAUUCGCAGCAGGGUCCUGCGGGAGAAUGGAAAAUACAUCCCGAAGCAGUCUUUCCUGACCCGGAAAUACUAUUUUAAUAACCCAGAAGAUGGAUUUUUUAAGAAAACGAAAAGAAAGGUGGUGCCUCCUUCACCAAUGACAGAUCCUACCAUGUUGACAGACAUGAUGAAAGGGAAUGUAACCAACGUGCUGCCUAUGAUCCUCAUCGGCGGUUGGAUCAACAUGACAUUCUCAGGGUUUGUCACAACAAAGGUCCCAUUUCCUCUGACGCUGCGUUUCAAACCAAUGUUGCAGCAGGGAAUUGAACUGCUCACUUUAGAUGCAUCCUGGGUGAGCUCUGCUUCCUGGUACUUCUUGAACGUGUUUGGACUCAGAAGCAUUUAUACUCUCAUUUUGGGUCAAGACAAUGCUGCAGAUCAGUCCAGAGUGAUGCAAGAACAAAUGACAGGGGCAGCAAUGGCCAUGCCAGCAGAUACCAACAAAGCAUUUAAGACGGAAUGGGAAGCUUUAGAACUGACUGAUCAUCAGUGGGCUUUAGAGGACGUAGAAGAAGAGCUUAUGGCAAAAGACCUCCAUUUUGAAGGCAUGUUUAAGGAAGAACUACAGACCUCCAUCUUCUGAAUUUGAAAAUGCUGUCUCUUCUUGUGAAAAAGAUUUGAAAAGAAAACCAUCUAAUGUAUUUAGCAAAGCUAAGAAUAAAAGAAACACAGCACAUUCAGUACUGCAGUUACUUAACUGUCAUUUGAGGCCCAAGUAUGGGAUAUGCACAUGAUAAGCAGUGUGCCCUCAGGGACUCCAGACUUUCCCAAGAGCAUCCCAAGGUGGCAGUGACCCCACAGCUGAGCCCCACCAGGCACGGCCAGAAUGUUCCCUUCCUAGGUUGUUCCUGCCUUGCAGCAUUUGCUGCGCCAGUGGCACAGCCACAAGGAGAGAAACAGCAGAGCAAGGCAGAGCACCACAGCCAGCGUUCAUCCUGAUGUGGGAGAGGGUGUGCCAGCUGCUCCCAGCUGCCUCUGCUUCUGUCUGGCAAUUCCAACUCUUUCACUGCCACUUGGCAGCGCGUUCCCAAGGAUCCCUGGCAUCAGGGAUGGGAGCACCACAUCUGUGCACUGGAGAGGCACGAUCAGCGCGAUGCCUGCCUCCCAGCACAGGUGAGGACGGCAGCUCUCAGCGGAGGGUCAUUUCCACAUUAUUUGCCCCCCUGCCAGGAAUCUUAGCUCCGAGAUAUUCCCUGCUCUUUCCUCAAGAAUCACACAAUCACAGAAUCACCCGGGUUGGAAGGGACCCCAAGGAUCAUGUAGUUCCAACCCCCCUGCCUAGCAGGGCCACCAAACAUACACAUUCAGAUCAGGUUGCCCAGGACCCCGUCCAACCUGGCCUUAAACACGUCCAAGGACGGGGCAUCCACAACCUCCCUGGGCAGCCCGUUCCAGGGCCUAACCACUCUCCUAGUAAAGAAGAUUCAUUCCUGAAUACCUCUACUUCACUGACAGUACAACUGGUGUUUCAAGUCAUUUUCCAUUUCCUGUCCACGACGUUCUUGCAUGAGACGUUCCCCACAAGCCCCUGCACUGGCUCAGUCUCUGAUCGCCUCCAGCUUAGCAAACUUCCAUUUUGCUUUCCCUUCUUUCCAAGCUCUUGCUUUCAUAUCAAAAGGCAGAAAUCAGCACAGGCUUUUGCCACUGACUUAUUACAUAAAACUUAACCUGUCCUCCAACUUCCUCUUUUAUUUAUUUAUUUAUUUUUAUGUUGGGGAGGCACUGCAACAGGUUGCCCAGAAAGAUUGUUGAUGCUCCUUCUCUGGAGGCAUUCCAGGAAAGGCUGGGUGGGAUCCUGGGCAGCCUGAGCUGGUGGGUGGCAACGCUGCCCAUGGCAGGGUGUUUGGAACUAGAUGACCUUCAAGAUUCACUCCAGCCUAAGGCAUUCUUUGAUUCUCACCAUUUAGUUUAUUCCUUCCCUAUUUCUUUCUCUGCCUCAUUUCCCAGAACACUGCACACCACCCUGCUUCACUGAAAAGACAAAUGCGCAACCAUGUAUUCAUUCCCCUGGAGCCACAGAUAUCCAUGAUGGGUUUCACGUCAUGCUUUGAUGGUCAGCAUUUCACAGUGUACCUCAGUAACUGCCUUUUUCUAUUGAGGCUCUUCUAACCUUCUCUCAGGCUCUAAGAGCAAGCCCUUCAGCUGUUACACUGCAGUCACAGCACGAGCUUUAAGCCCCCUUUGUGGGAGUGGGAUCUUAGUGACGACUCAACACCAGUUAGCAACUAAGUCCAACGUUUAAUGGUAGAGCAACACCCUACAUAACCUUUAAGUUCACUUGCCGCGUUCUCAUUGGCUAUCACUCAUGUCCAUCAACCUGUAACCGCCAAGUUCCUGCUACACCUACUUCCCACAACAGCUUUCUCACACAGCACAACUUGCAGCUCGUUGUUUGCUGCUCAAAUUCCUUUACACCAUUAUCGUGUCCUUCAUACUCUGAACACGGCCUUGUUUUUCAAGCCAGUCCUCGACACCCCUUCACGAGGUUUUCACCUUCACAACUGUCCUCAACCUGCAGGCUUGGUGACAAUCCUCCAGAUUCCCUGCACGUGCUAAAUGCAUGCAAGCCUGUUGCAUUUAACUUGCUUCCUUGACCUUUUCCAGCCUAAGGUACUUAUUUAGCACGCCUUGGGAAACUGCAGUAGCUGCAGGACAACCAUUUCAGUGGUAUGGCUGCAAGCAGGGAAGCUAUGGGGCAAAAAUGGCCAGAAGGAAUGCAGCCUCCCCAGAUCUGCAGAGGGAUGAUGAGAAAGGCACAACUGAGGCUGCCCAACGUCACAGAAAGGCAAGGACCACCACAGACCAGCACAGCACUGCAGUGGAGAAAAAGCAAACGUUGAGAACAAACUUUCAGAUUGAGACAGCACUGCACUGCUCCCCUGCACGGCACUCACUGCGCUCCAGCUGAAAGAGCUCCUGCUGCAGCAGGCAUCCCCACAACCAGCAGCUGCUCAACCUGCACUUCAGGCCACUUAACAACAGAUGAACACACAACAAAACCCAGUUUCAGUGCAAACCACUCUUUAAUUUUCCUCUUCAUACAACGCAUCCAACCACUUACAAAGUGCUACUCCAAAAAAACAGGUCUGGUGUUACGGCAGACUCCCACCAGCCAAGGCCAUCAGCUCUAAGACAGAGAAUAAGAGCUGGGCCGCUCUUUCUGCAGUACAACAGUGUCUGCUCAGCAUCUGAGCAUCAGAGAUUGAGCCCCACUGAUGAAUUCUCAGUGUCAGUGCAGCAAAGGAGGUAAAGAGGAGAACAAACUUCAGAUGGAAGUUGCCUUUACAGAGCUGUUUUGCUCUCCUCUUGCCUCUCCCACCUCCCCAUUUUGGAAUGCCCAUGUGGUUUUCUUUCAGGGUAACCUAAGAGAAAUGCCAAUCAGAAUAAUUCAGUGCAGUGCUACAGUUAAAAACUGCUUUGGGGAUACUCCCCUCAAAACAGAAAUAAAAUACUAAGAGCUGUAAAAAAAAAUCCGAGACAACCCACAAACCAGAACAGCGGAAACAACUAAGCAAUUCUGAUCUCUAAAUUCAACUUUCAACGCUUUAAAAGCAAAACUCUGCAGAAGGGGGGUAAUAAUACUUAUGUGCCAGCUAGAGACAGUCCUUCCUUCUUCUCAUGCCCUGGCAGGGAGCCAUGGGGGGCUGCCCCCCCCCACUUCCCUUUGCUUGGAGGACAGACAGAGCAGCUGGCUCUGCCUUUGCACAGCGCAGGUCCAGGGACUGGUGCACGAUGACCUCCUAUGGGGUUUGUUGCUCAGAGCAGAGCAAAGGGAGCUGAGCUGGUGUGGUCAGAGUUAAACAGAGACUGUCAACACUGGCAGGCAGAGAAGACAGCUACAGUCAGCAAUGAAGCCACAGGAACUGUGCAGAGAGGACAGAGCGGCUCCAAGCACGCAUCUCACAGGAGGGACAGUGGUUUCUCUUGGCCUUUUGUUCUGCCAGUGCACCUGGCUGCAAGGAGGACCCCUGCAGUGUGGUUUACCACCUUGAGCUAAACAUCUCCCUCAAAACCAGAUG